AUCUCUCCGUUACUUUUAAUUGGAAUAGUUUGUAGAUUCGUUCGCGUGAUGAAUUUAUUAUUAAAUAACGAACUACAGGACAAUAACAAACAUUAAGUUAAUCGUACGUCGAUAAAAAAUGUUUGUGAAUAGUGGUUGUAAAUUACUUUUAUUAUUAUACUUAGUGGAUAUCAGUUUAAGUUUAAAAAUAUUGGCGAUUACUCCUCAUAUGGGAAAAAGUCACCAGCUCGUCUUCGAGCCUCUUUUCAAACAAUUAGUUUCCAUCGGUCAUCAAGUUACCCUUAUUACCAGGUUCCCUAUGAGACUAGAAUACCCUAAUUGGAAAGAUAUUAAUAUUGCAGUUGAGGAUAAGAACGAAACAGAAAUUAUUACUUUUGAUAUCUUAACUGGAAGCCGAUUAGAUAGAUAUGCAUGUCCCAUAGUAUUGAUGGAUGCUGCCCGCAUAGCUUGUACAGAAGGUUUGUCUCAUCCAAAUUUGCAAACAUUUUUAAAGGAAGAUAGACAUUUCGACUUGAUUUUGAUUGAAAUAUUCAAUACAAAUUGUUUUAUGGGAGUUGCUAAGAAAUACAAUGCACCUAUUAUAGGUAUACAUUCUUCAAUAUGGAUGCCUUGGAUGUAUCAAUCGUUCGGUGUACCUUUCAAUCCAUCCUAUUUACCCGCACACUUUUUAGGACUUCCAAUACCAAUGAACUUCAUCCAAAGGAUGGAAAAUACAAUAAAUCAUCUUUACUCGAAUUUAUUAUACGAUUAUGAAAUGAUUAAGUCCAGUAACACCUUAUCUAAAAAAUAUGUCGGUGUCGAUUUAUACGAAAACGGUGACGUCACUAAUGAUGUCAAUAUGUUAUUUAUUAAUACACAUUUCACUUUGAAUUUGCCAAUUCCGUUAACUCCAAAUGUUAUUGAAAUCGGUGGUAUCCAUAUAGAUUCGCAACCAAUUAAAAAAUUACCACAGGAAAUUGAGAAAUUCAUCAGUGAAGCAAAACAUGGAGUAAUUUACAUGAGUAUGGGUUCAACUAUUAGAGGAGAUACUUUCCCGAAAAGUAAACAGAUGAUAUUCUUAAACGUCUUUUCCCGAUUACCUCAAAGAGUUGUAUGGAAAUGGGAAAGCGAAAUGGAGAAUAAACCUGAUAAUGUUAUGACGACUAGAUGGGCUCCACAGAAAGAUAUUUUGUGUCAUCCUAAUGUUAAAGUCUUUAUCACGCACUCAGGUCUUUUGGGCACCAUAGAAAGCGUUUAUUGUGGUAAACCGAUGUUGUCAUUACCCCAUAUUGGCGAUCAAUUCACGAAUGCUAUGUCGACUGAGCAAGCUGGAGGAGGUUUAGUAUUCAGGUUUCAUGAAAUAAACGAAAAAAUUCUCGCCGAAGCUUUGAAGAAGUUACUCAGUUCAGAAUUUAUGGAGAAAGCUCGAAGUUUGUCAAAGAGAUUCAAAGAUCGUCCGAUGUCUCCUAUGAAUACGGCCCUGUACUGGAUUAAUUAUAUAGUUGAAAAUAAAGGGGCGCCGUACAUGAAAUCAGCUGCUGUCAAUAUGCCUACUUAUCAAUAUUUGUUAUUAGAUGUCGUAGCUGUUUUGUUAAUUUUAUUGUUUAUGUCGUUUUAUAUAUUUUAUAGGUUUGUUAAAAUUAUGUCGAAAUUGUGUUAUGGGAAACGGGACAAAAUAAAAAAAUCUUGUUUGAGUUUUUUAAUGUACCUAAGUUCACUUACAAUUUAUCAAAAUUGCGUUCAAUGUGCGAAAAUAUUAGGAGUAUUUCCCAUGUUUGGGAUGAGUCACCAUAAGUUAGCCGUGGCUCUAAUGCGGGGUUUGGCAGAAGCUGGAAAUGAAGUAACUAUAGUUUGCGCUUAUGAAGAUGCCUACCACCCUACGAAUGGUUCUUACAGAAAUAUUGUUAUGCAGGGGCUUGCCGAAGCGUUCAAAGACGAAAUUACAUCCUUCAAUUUAUUCGAACUUCAAGAUUUCGAUAAAUUAUUUCAAGAAGCAACUUUUCAGGAUUAUAUGUACACAAACACUCAAAAAAUUUUAACGGAUCCUGGACUUCGGCGUCUCAUAAAUAUGAAUGAGACAUUCGAUACUGUGAUCAUUGAACAAUUUUCAAAUGACGCUUUGAAAGUUUUAGCUCAUCUGUUCAAAUCUCAUUUAAUUGUUUAUAAUUCUUUUGGUCCUUUCAACUUCGUUAAUCGUUUAGUAGGAAAUCCUACAAUGAUUUCCUAUACACCUCAAGUCAUAUCAACGUUUUCCAGGCCAAUGUCUUUUAAAAAUCGAUUGCACAACACUAUACUUUAUACAAUAGAAGAACUCAUGAAUCAUUUUUUAUUCAUUCCCCGACAAGACAAAUUGAUUAAAACGUAUUUUGAAGAUGCUCCAAGUGUUACAGAAUUGAAUUCAAAGGUGUCUUUAGUACUAGUUAACUCGCACGAGACUUUAUGGCAACCGGUUCCUCUGGUACCUAACGUUAUACCUAUUGGAGGUUUUCAUAUAACCCCACCAAAGAGUUUACCAAAGGAUUUAGAAGCAUUUUUAGAUAGUGCUACUGAUGGUGCGAUUUUCUUCAGCUUAGGAUCUAAUUUAAAAAGUAUAGAUUUGCCUAAGAAUACUAUGGAUAUAUUUUUAAAAAGUUUCAAGAAUUUAAAGCAGAAAAUUUUAUGGAAGCUAGAGGGAGAAGUAGAAGGAUUGCCGCCUAAUGUGAAAACGGGCCGUUGGUUACCACAAAUGGACAUUUUGGCUCAUCCCAAUAUUCGUUUAUUCAUCUCACAUGGAGGUUUGUUGAGUAUGACAGAAGCCAUUUACCAUGGAGUACCUAUUCUUGUUAUACCAGUAUUUGGAGAUCAAGCUACCAAUGCUAACAAUGCUGUUUACGGAGGUUUUGGAUUGUCUGUGAUCUACCACAGUUUCGCCGAAGAAAAGUUCACUUAUGCAUUAGGAGAAUUAUUAACUAAUUCCAAAUACAAAAAAAAUGCUCUUCAGCGAUCGAAAGCGUUCCACGAUCGUCCGAUUAAACCGAUCGAUUUAGCAGUAUACUGGGUGAAUUACGUUAUCGAACAUGACGGAGCACCACAUCUUAGAGUGGAUGGUUCCGAUAUGCCCUGGUAUAAAUACUUACUUAUUGAUGUUAUAUUAACAUUAACCAUUGCUUCUAUAUGUAUAGUUUUAGUUUUAUACCACGUUGGUAAAUUAUUAUUUAAUGCUUAUUACAAACAGACGUCAGGCAUGCUUUUGACAGAGUAUGGUGUUCUAAAUAUACUGAAUAAACCCUGUGCUAAAGAUUUGAGAUUGGAACGUCAAGAAAAUAGAAAGGAGUAA